AAGGGGCGGGGCUUUGGCUUUGCAACCUUGUCUCAACGUUCCAUCCGGGGCGGGGCUUCGCUGCCACCAAGGAGACUCUGGAGCGGGAUCAUGUCGGGCCCAAAUGGGGAUCCGCACCUGAGCUUGGUCCAGGAGGAUCAGGAGGAAGAGGAAGACGGGGGCUUUGGAGAAGCAGAAUAUGCUGCCAUCAACUCCAUGCUGGACCAGAUCAACUCCUGCCUGGACCACUUGGAGGAGAAGAAUGACCACUUGCACGCCCGGCUCAAAGAACUAGUACUCGAAUCGAACCGCCAGACAAGGCUGGAGUUUCAGCAGCAGCUGAGCGAAGGUCAAGACCAAGAGGCUGACGUCCAGAGACCUGCGAGGGACACUUAAAUGUCCAGCUUCCCCUUGCGACACAAACCCAAGCGUAGGUGAUAGGACGACCCCUUCGCCUUUGGCUCAGUGUUAAAACUAUCCGAAUAGAAAAGGCGUUCUUGGGUCCGGUUUGGCGUUUCGACCCCUCUCUUCCCCUCUUCCCUCUAUGAUUAUGGCUGCUAUGUUGUGAUGCUUGUAAAGGGAUCCAGGGUCGCUUGUAUCUAGCUUGUAAGGAAUAAGGUAAGGGUGGGAAUAAAAUAGCUUUAAGUGAAUUCAUGAGUUUAGCUUGCAUGGCAAGGGUUGUGUUGCAGUGUCUUGCCAGGGGAAAAGAAGUGACUUCAGAAAAAUGGACUUACUUUUCAGCCUUGACCAUUGUUUUUCUUUUUGCCUAGCUAGCUGCAGUUGUGUAAUCUGCAAAGCAGCAAUCCUAUGGAGCUGCUUCUCUGGGGAGUAAGCCCCACUAAGUUCAGUGGUGUGUCUUCUGAGUAGACAUUUAUAGGAUCGCACUUGAAAUUCUGCCUCUGAUACACCCCUUAUAUGUGAAAAAACAAAGCAGUUGUUGAAAUAAAGUAGUUUGAAAAGCGUAUCCAGAGGCAAAAAGGAGUCGCUAGACAAGGCCCAAUCCAGCUGGUUUCCAUUCUAGGCAGAGCUGUCACUGUCAGCUUCCUCAUUCUCCUCCCAUGACCCAUUUUUUUGACUUCCAUAAAAUGCCCGGCUUCUUACAUAACGGUGAACCAAGGUUGCACAACAAUCUUUGAUCUGUAUCUAAAUGCAAGUCUGCAACAUAUCAGCCGGAGCAUCUUGAUAAAAGUCAAAUCUAUCCAUUUUUUCUCUGGGGAGAAAUUCAGUAUUGCAUCGAUGUUACGCAAGGACAGCCCAGGCUUUAAUCCCUGCAAUUUCCACCCCUAAAUAAGUGUGAAAUGGAAGUGGAGACGGGGAAUUGAUUCAUUUCAGAGACUAGAACAUCAAAGUUGAUAUUGAUCCCCCGGAAAAGAUAGCCUUUCGUUGCAUUUUGAACAAUCUUUUGAAGCUGGCCUGUCUGAAUUUCUAAUCACAAGUGGCUCUUCUCCAGAAAACAUGAUUUAGAUGCGAGAUCUGGAGUGGCUCUUUAAGAUUAUGGUGGGUAACUUCUGAGGCAUUUUUUGCCCCUUCCUCAUAUCUUGGGCUGCACUUUUCCUCUGAUGUCCCCUCGGUGCAAAAAGAAUAAAUUCUCCCUAACAGCAAAUCAUUUGCAACUGGAAGUGACUAAGUAUGUUCGCAUGGCAAAUUGUUCCCCCCACUUUCCAGAGGAUGCUGAGGGGGUUUAAAGCUUAGUCCACCGCUUGUGUGAAUUGAAAGCAGAGCACAUGCAGUGUAUUUGGGACAGGAAAGGGCUGGAGUUGAAUGUGGUCCAGGGCUGAACUGUGGCCUUAAGAAAUCAAGCACUAAGUUGCCGUUCAGUCAACUGCAUCCGAACACUUCUGUUCUCUUUUGUAAUCACCCUGGAAGACUCAAAAUCAGGACCUCAAGAUGUUAAGAUCUCAAUACUAUCCGCAUAAAGCAACAUCCUCUAUUCUCAGGGACAGUGGAAGUUGUAGUUCAACACUUGAAGGCUGCAUGUUCCCCAGUCUUGUUCCAAAGGUCCCAGCACUGGGCCUCUGCCGAUCUUCUGCAGUAGGAAAGUAACUCCAGAGUAAAGGUGGUUAGGAAGUAAAAGGCAAGGACACCAUUUUUAGCUGUCCAAAGUUGUACCUACUGAAACUCUAAAUGGAGUAAGGUACGUUUACUUGUGUAACCUUGAGAAUCAGCUACAGAUUAGUUCUGUUUUCAUAGCUCAUGGGUCCUCUCGUCACAUCUGUUGGCCCCAUAUUUACUUGCACACUUUUAGAGAAUGAUUGUGUGAAGAACUGUUUUCACUCCUGUUUGGUCAUUCCUUGUGGCAGCUCUGUUUUCAUACCAAAAAGUGGUUGGGUCAAGACACUCUGGCCAGAGCCCCCUGUCCAUGGUUUUUUGUGUUUUAUACAUUAAAAAAAGUUUCCAACCUUGUAAAAGGA